UUUGUAGAAAAAUAUAAAAUAUUCUGUCACAAAGAGGAAGAUCGAUCAAGUGAAGAGAAAGCCAGUUGCAAAGUGGAAACAAACAUUCAAGAGGAUCAGAAUCCAUAAUCUACACAGUAAGAGGAGAUGGAAUUUAAGGUAAGCGAUGAUCGCGUGGAUCGACAUGGUAGAAUUGCUGAUAAACAAACAACAGGAGGAUGGAAGGCUGCUCCAUAUAUCAUAACGAACGAGGUGAUAGAGAGGGUGGCGUUCAUGGCAAUAGCAGUGAACAUGACUCGUUACUUGGUUGUGGAAAUGCAUCAAACGGUUCCAGAUUCUGCUACUCAUGUCACAGACUGGAUUGGAGCUGCUUAUGUGCUAACUCUUCUUGGAGCCUUUUUAGCAGAUGCUUAUUUAGGUCGCUUCAGAACCAUUAUUAUUUUCUCUUCCAUCUAUGCCGUGGGAAUGUUCAUGCUGACAAUUUCAGCCACCUUCAACACUUUUCGCCCGCAUAGAAACAAAGAAGCAACCAAUUUUCAAAUGUCAUUCUUAUUCGUCGCACUAGGCCUCGUUGCUUUAGGCACAGGAGGGAUCAAACCCUGUGUAUCAUCUUUCGGAGCUGAUCAAUUCGACGAAGGAGAUGAAAAAGAAGUCCAGAUGAAAUAUUCAUUCUUCAAUUGGUUUUACUUUGCCAUCAACAUGGGUUCACUUCUCGGAAUUACGCUAUUGGUUUAUAUACAAGAGAAAGUAGGAUGGGGUUGGGGUUUUGGAAUACCAACGGUUACUACAGUUUUGUCUAUCUUUGUUCUAGCUAUUGGUAUUAAGUAUUAUCGUUUUCAAAAGCCAAUGGGAAGCCCUUUUACUAGGUUUCUUCAGGUUAUUGUAGCUUCCGUAAAGAAUCAUCGAAGAGGAGUGGUCGUAGAAAAAGAAACUCAACUUUACGAAGUCGAGACAACAAAAUCUGAUAUUAUUGGUGCUCGAAAGCUUCAGAGGACUCCACAAUACAAAUUUUUGGACAAAGCAGCUGUUGUAACAUCAAAAGACAAGAUUAAUGAUAGAUGGAGUGUAUGCACAGUGACACAAGUUGAAGAACUCAAAUCAAUCAUUAAGAUCCUUCCGGUUUGGGCAACUACCAUUGCACUCUCAAUUUCUUUCGCGCAAAUGUCAUCUUUUUUUAUAAGUCAAUCAAACAUCAUGAAUCGAAAACUAGGUAACUUCGAAAUCCCAACAGGUUCGGUUGUCACUUUUGGUGCCAUCAAUGGCCUCACGCUCGUCCCAAUCUACGAGCGAUUCUUUAUCCCAAUUCUCCGAAAACUUACUGGCCACCACCGCGGUAUCACGUCGUUACAACGGAUGGGUGUUGGCCUUUUCCUCUCCACCAUCGCCAUGGCUUCGGCUGCAAUAGUUGAAAAUACAAGACGCAAAGAGUAUCCGCAACUACAUAGCAUGAGUGUGUUUUGGUUGUUACCGCAGUUUUUCUUAAUGGGCGCUUCUGAGGUUUUUACCUAUGUGGGACAGUUGGAGUUUUUCUACGAUGAAGCGACGGACGGGACAAAGAGUAUUAGCAGUGCCAUGUUUUUGUGUGAGACCGGAAUCGGAAGUUGGUUGAGUACGGCAUUGGUUAAGAUUAUUAUAAGUGCAACUGGAGGAGAAGAGAAAGGAUGGUUAAGGAAUGAUCUUAAUAAAAGCAAGUUGGAUAGGUUCUAUUGGAUAUUGGCAGUUAUCAGUGUUAUCAAUCUAUUGGCUUAUUUGAUGGUGGCCAUGCGUUACAAAGGGAAAAAACCAGUGAUUGUGAGAGAUGAGAACAUGGUUGAACUCAAGAAUGAUCAACACAUGCAACCAUGAGUACACCUUUCUUCUUGUUAAUCUGCUAUGUAAAAUGAUAUUUGGUGUUAUUUUCUUUAUGCAUUCUCGAAACUUUAAUA